UAUUUCCAAUUAUGAUUUUUGGGGGCAAUUUAUGUGCAGCAGGUAUGUGCGCUACCGCUAAUUUACACAGACAGGCAGGAGCAAAGAAAUGAAUUCUGCUGUAUCUGCAUCAGCAUCUCUGGCAGGAAUGAGGCAGAGGAGUGAAGGAGGAAGAAGAGAAGGAGACACCUCAUGCAUCAAUCUGUAGGGGAGAGCGGAAGGAGGUUCCACCAUGCCUGCACAAGUCAAGGAGGAGCAGAGCUCGGAGGGGCCUCCUGCUUUGUCGCCCUCACGAGAGGUGAAACACGUGGCGGUGGAUCCGCCAUCCGCCAACAUCAACGACGAAGUGGACACGUCCGUCGCCUCCGCCAUGACGUCUACUAACGACAGCUCCACCGAGGCCGACACGCCUCUGCAGACCGACACGGAGGAGAUGAAGGCUGCGGAUCAGGAAGUUGACCAGAGGCCAGGCGAGGUGCAUCAGAAGAACUUUCAGUCAAAUGUGCCAGUCCGGGUAGAAGAUAAAACCCCAGCAGGGGAACCGAAUCCUGACGCUGAAGCUUCUCAGACACCCGGCACAAUAGCCGCUCAACCCAUUCCUCAGCCAAGUGAUCCUCAGCAGGCCAACCCGGACAUCCAGAGCAGGGUUUACGCCUUCCCUGAUGGCUACAAAGCCCCCGGGGGGGAUUUACGCGCCGGCUACGGCAGCCUGUCCCGUGGCAGCGGCGCCCUCCACGGCUACUGGCCAAACAAAAACUUGCAGCCUGGGGCGCACUUCACGUUGCCCUUCCUGAGGGACGGCUACACUCCGGCGGGAUUCGGCGGCCCGACGGGCAACGACGGCCUCGGGGACGAGUCGGAAAACCCCGUGGACAUGAGGAACGACCACCCGGCGGCAACUUACGCCACCUUGGGAGGGAUUCACAACUUGAGGCCCAUUACCACCAUGGAGCUCCUCAGGGAGCCCUCGAGAACCAGAAGUGGCUACGACGAAGCCUUCAUGGCACAGCUGGAGGGCAACCUGAACCCUUUCUUCCGGGCCAUGUGCCGAGCGCAGACCCUGCAGUUCCCCCACAAGCGCAGCAGUAUGGUGAGUCUGGACAGCAUCCGUAGGGACCCCCGCUGGAGAGACCCCAACCUGCACGAGGUCAUCGCCAUGCUGAGCCACCCAAUGGACCCGGUCAAGUCCAACGCCGCAGCUUACCUGCAGCACCUGUGCUACGAGAACGACCGCAUCAAGCAGGAAGUGCGCCAGCUCAACGGGGUGCCCAUGCUGGUGGACCUGCUGGACCACCCCAAAGCCGAAGUCCACCGCAAGGCUUGCGGAGCCCUGCGGAACAUAUCCUACGGGAAGGACCACCACAACAAAACGGCCAUCAAGAAUUGCGACGGCAUCCGGGCUUUGGUCCGACUGCUGAGGAAGACGAGCAGCGUGGAGGUCAAAGAAUUAGUCACAGGCACUCUAUGGAACCUCUCGUCACAUGAGCCCCUGAAGAUGACGGUCAUCAACCACGGCCUACCAACUCUCAACGAAGAAAUCAUCAUCCCCCACUCGGGCUGGAGGAGAGAGCCAGGCGACCCGUCUAAGCGGCACAGCGCCGAAUGGACCACCGUCUUCAAGAACACGUCGGGAUGUCUGCGGAACGUCAGCUCGGACGGAGCCGAGGCCCGACAGCGGCUGAGGGAGUGCGAAGGGCUCGUGGAUGCGCUCCUGCACGCCCUCCACUCGGCUGUGGUCAACAAGGACACGGACAAUAAGUCGGUGGAAAACUGCGUCUGCGUCCUGCGAAACCUUUCCUACCACGUGCACAAGGAGGUGGCGGGUUUAGAGCGCCUGCAGGAGCCUCACGUCACGCAGCUCAUGAGGUCGGUGGCGCCGCAGCGGAAGAAGAACAACGAGCCCGACUGCUUUGGAGGCAAAAGACCCAAAGAAGAGUGGUUCAGCCAUGGUUUGAAGAUGCUGUACCAGCCCGAGGUGGUGAGGCUUUACCUGUCUCUGCUCGGCUGCAGUCACAACGCCAACACCUUGGAGGCGGCCGCCGGAGCCCUGCAGAACCUCGCUGCAGGGCACUGGACCUGGUCCAGUUACAUUCGAGCCACGGUGCGAAAAGAGAAGGGUCUGCCCGUCCUGGUGGAGCUGCUGCGCUCCGACGUGGAUAAAGUGGUGCGAGCGGUGGCCAUUGCACUCCGUAACCUGGCCAUGGAUAGACGGAAUAAAGACCUCAUAGGCAGCUACGCUCUGAGGGACCUGGUAGGCAACCUGCCGUGCGGCCAGCAGCGACCGGCCAAAAAUCUGGAAGGGGACACGGUGGUAUCGCUCCUCAACACCAUUCACGAAAUCAUCAGCGACAGCCAGGAGAACGCCAAGGCGCUCAUCCAUGGCCACGCCGUCCAGAAACUGGUGGCCAUCAGCAGGUCAAGCCAGUCAACACGUGAAACCAGGGCCGCCUCCCACGUGCUUCAGACCAUCUGGGCCUACAAGGACCUGAGGAACACCCUCAACAAGGCGGGCUGGAACAAAAGCCACUUUAAGGCGACGGCAACCGGGGUGGCGAAAAAAUCCAAGAGCGUGAAGCAAAGCGGCGACGACAUCACUUUGCCUCUCAUGGACAAGUCCCAAGAUGUGUUUUCCAGCAGUUUAGAGCCUAACGAUAGAGCGGAAGAUGGAAUUGGACCUGUUGUUGAAAGAGACCCUACCCCGGCGAUCAGCGAGAGGAAACACUUCAUCCGAGCUGGCAGGCCCGCCGUGGGCCUCAUGGAUAACAAACCUCCGCCGCUGGACUCGUGGGUGUGAACGCCACAACGCGGCCGUUUAACAGUCGGGACAUCACGACACGCGGUAGAGACACUCUCCAGUGGCCCACAUGCGCAUUUAUGCAAAUUGAUCCCACGUGUAUUAUCAACAACUCCAGUACCUGUAGUUUUUUUUGUUUGUUUUUGAUCCUAGAGAAUGACGUGCCAAAUAUUUAUCACAUGCUUAUUUGUUUAUAGAUUUGAUGAGAUUCCCAAAUAUACUGUAUAGGAGGAGGAUCGUGUUUCAAACCUGUGGUAGACAUGCGGUAUGAAGUAAGCCGAAAUAUGCAAGCCGUGGCAGACGUACGACUCCAAAGACGAUUGAAAUAGCUUCACUGCACACAUAAGAGCUUAAACACUUCAACGAGAUUAAGCUGGUCGUCUCGCAUCAAUUUCCCCCCCAAAAAAUGUUCUGUCUUUGAAGGAAGAACGAUUCAGUUGAGAAAUUAUAGUCCCCAAAAUUUGGAUCACCGUAUCGGCAAUAUACUGUAUUGCAAACACCGCCAGCCUGGUGGUUGUCACUGCCAAAAAUGAAGAAAUAAUACUGUUCAUCAUGGUCAAUGAGAAUCCUAAUUACUGACAAACUCUGUGUGCAAUUUGCGAAACUCACCCCCCCCGCCCCUCUUGGUUCCUGAGAUGAGAUCUGUAAAUGUGUAAACAAAAGGACUGUUAAUAAGCUAAAUGGAUGCAUUUAUAUUGUGAUAUUUAUUAUAUAUAAUAGCCAUGUUAAGAAUCCGAGGUCUUAGACGCAGGGUCGCGCUCCCCCCUUCAGUCAGUGGUCCUUUACGUUCAACACGAGUCUGGUUUGUAGUCGCUCGCACCCUUUUUUGCAUUGCGAUGUUGAAUGAAAAUAAAACUGCGUGUAGAAUUUC